GUUUCGUCGACCCAUAUUCAGUAGAUCUUACAUUAAAAAACUGGGUUCAACGUCAUUCGUAUAGGCCUCUUUCUCCACACUCUUUACCUUACAAUAGAUCUCUAUAAAAAUGAGCAAUUUACUCAAUAGUUUGAUUUACGGAAUGAGUAAUAUCUUCUCUUCUGUUGGACCUGAAAUACCUAGAGAAGAUCAGCCAGAUCAAGACAUCGAUGGUGGUUGUUGUCAAUCGCUUAACAAUAACAUGGAUGGUUGCUGUCAGCAACAGCAAAAGAAAGCGGCAGUGAGUGAUAAUAGAGGUUGCUGCUCUACUUCAACGAAGACAGAUAAGACGGACAAAACUGAAACCGGACAGAGUAGUGGCUGCUGCCGAGAUAACAAGAAUGCUAACGGAUGUUGUUCUACUUCCUCAAAUUCGUGCAAGAAGCCGUUAGUUUCUCAAAGAGAUGACGAUCACAUCACUACUGUUAUUCCUCCUGUUACCACAAAAUCAUCCGAGCAACAAGAACAAUUAAAGCCAAGUAAGGAGAAUGGCUGCUGUCAACAACAGCAACAAUCAUCAGAAGGAAAAACAGCCGAUGCACAUCAUAAUUGUGGUUGCAAAGAUGGUACUGCAGACAGAAGAAUCGUCUCCAUUGAUCAAAUCAAAAUUAUUUAUUCUACACUCACCAAUACUGCUAAAGUGAUGGCAGCAGAAUUAAAAGAAAAAAUUGAACAAUCCAAAUCUGUCAAAGUGGAGUCACCAAUUGAAGUCAUUGAUAUUACUGAAUAUGACAAUGAUAAUUUAUUGCAAGAAACAGCUGUUUGUAUCUUUGUUUUAUCAACCUACAAUGUAGAAGGGCCAUUGGACUGGUUCACUAACUGGCUCCAUGACCUUCGUUAUGAUUUCCGAGUAGAUCGUGACGUUUUGAAGAAAUUGAGAUAUGCCGUAUGUGGUUUGGGUGAUUCAGUUUACAAUGAAGAAUUCAACGUUGCUGCAGCCAAUAUCGAUAAAUGGUUAGGACGUUUAGGUGCCACACGUAUUUUUCCUCUGGGUGCAUGUGACAAAAGUCAUGAUCAAAAGGCACAGUUUGACCUUUGGUCCAAUCGAUUUGUAUCUGAAUUAGUCGAGGAUGAGCAUAUAUUGGAAUUUACACCUGUCACUAUGGCAUUCCAAUCGGACGACGAAGAUAAUGAUGAAGAUGAUGAUAGUAAUAGUGAUGACGGGAAACAAGCUGAUGCCGGUAUCAAUGACUAUAGUGGAGAUGAAAUGAUGGAUGUUGAAGACAUUGGUAAAAUGGCCAAUAAACUGAAAGAGGCGAAAAUUCGACGUGCUGAAGAGGAAGAAGUAUUUGAAAAUAGUAAAGCGAGAGCAAAGCGUCUUAUUGGCAGUGAAUUUGAAGAAGACAAGAGUAUCAACGGCAUGAAGAAAUCAUCAUCCAUUGCACAACAGCCACGUGAAAUGGUAUCACCUAUCAUUCGUAAAAAUUUGACCAAACAGGGAUAUAAAGUAGUGGGUACUCAUUCCGGUGUCAAAAUCUGUCGUUGGACAAAAUCCGCUUUGCGUGGUCGUGGUUUCUGUUACAAACAUGCUUUUUAUGGCAUUCAAAGUCAUUUAUGUAUGGAAACGACACCUUCUCUUGCUUGCGCCAAUAAAUGUGUGUUUUGCUGGCGUCACCAUACCAAUCCUGUAGGUACCACCUGGCGUUGGAAAAUAGAUGAUCCCAAGUUUAUUUUGGAUGGCGCUAUGGAAAAUCAUUACAAAAUGAUCAAACAAUUGAAAGGCGUGCCGGGUGUGAAAGCGGAUCGUUUUGAAGAAGCUUUCACUAUCCGUCAUUGUGCUCUUUCACUUGUUGGUGAACCUAUCUUCUAUCCUCACAUCAAUGAAUUUGUCGAAAUGUUGCAUGAAAAAAAUAUAUCUUCAUUUUUGGUCACCAAUGCUCAAUUCCCUGAAAAAAUUGCUGACAUGGUACCUGUCACCCAACUUUAUGUCAGUGUUGAUGCCGCUACAAAAGAAUCCUUGCGAAAGAUUGAUCGACCCCUCUUUAGAGAUUUCUGGGAACGUUUUAUUGGUUCUCUGGAGCAACUCGCUAAAAAAGGUCAACGUACUGUCUACCGUAUGACAUUGGUGAAAGGUCAAAAUACGGCUGAAAUCAACGAAUACGUUGAGCUAAUACGUCGUGGCAAACCUUCUUUUAUUGAAGUAAAAGGUGUAACGUAUUGUGGUUAUAGUGGUGCCAGCAACUUGACCAUGGCUAAUGUGCCCUUCCAUGUGGAGGUCAUUGAUUUUUGCCAGCAAAUUGUUGAUAAACUUGGCGGUGAAUAUGAAAUAUCAGCGGAACAUGCCCAUUCUUGUUCUAUUCUCAUUGCUCAUAAGAGCUUCAAAAUUAACGGUGAAUGGUAUACACAUAUCGAUUAUCCUAAGUUCUUCGAAUUGGUCAAGAGUGGGAAGCCAUUUGGUAGUUUGGAUUAUGUUGCAAAGACGCCAGAAUGGGCAGUGCAUGGACAUGAAGCAGCAGGUUUCGAUCCAAAUGAAACUCGCCAUUACCGUAAGAAUAGAAAAGUUGUAGAGCCACCCAAGAUUGCAUCCAUCAAUGGGACUGUUACGACAGCUUCCUCUUCAUAGAGAAUCAACUUUUUUAGUCUUACCUUGUUCUGAAUAAAAUGCCUCUUUUUUUAAUAUUUA